CGAGUUGCCACGCGAAUCGUUUGCCCAGCUGACGGUCAUUAUUUAAUAUUUGGGAUCAUGUACUCCUUGCAACACCCGCAAAUCGAUGAAUGCUUCUUAGAUUCCGAAUCAACAGUUGAGGAAGUGGUCAAGUUGCUCGAAAGUCUUCAAGUGCCCAAUGAGGAGGAGGCGGCCAGCCGGGAAAAGGCAGAAAGGAGUCCCGAAUCCGCCAAUAUAACAGAGGAGAGUUUUAUAAUUACAGAGAGGAAAACUCCAAUUCCUGUUAUUUCCGCACCCAUUUCUUCCAAAGAGAAGUUGAAGCCCAGAACCUUCAUCCGCAUAGAUCGAAGUAAGGAUCGGUUUCCCUUUAUGCGCCAGGUCGAAAUGGAUCUCGAUCAGCGCUCAAAAGCUCGCUUGGAACGGGAACGAGUGGCUGAAAACUUUCGAAAAUUGGGCAACGCAGAGUAUCGAAAGGGUAACUACGAGGCUGCUAUGAACAUGUACACCGAAGCCAUUGAAAAUAUCCGGGACAGUCACAUCCUUUACAUAAACCGGGCUCUGUGCUUUAUCAAAUCGGGCAAAUUCAAACGAGGCAUAGUGGAUUGCGAUUUUGUUCUGAACAAAUUGGACGAGAAGAAUCUGAGGGCGUGGAUGUAUCGCGCCAUGGCCUACAAAGGCCUUAACGAUGAGUCCAAUUUUGAGAACUGUGUAAAAUAUGCCCGCAAAUUCAAUUCGAAGCAGAUGGAAUUUAUUGAUGAUUUCCUGGAAAAGCUAAAAUAAGGUUUGGGAAUGGAUGAUGGAUAUCUCGUUGCCUUGAAUUUUUGGGAAUGACCCAGGCACAGUUGGGCUUAAUUAAAGUAAGGGUUCUUUUCAAUUCAUUGCAGUGGAUACCCACUUGAAGUGUUUAUUUUAAUAUUAGUCGGCUGUCAAAACCCAGAUUAAAGAAUUACUUAAUACGCGA